AAGUGAUGAUGUCAAUUUAGUUUGUGCAACAAGUGAAUGUCAUUUGACAUGAAAGAUUUGUUGGGCUCGAGUCACCCAUGUUGGGAUGAACAACCCUAAAUAAUUAAUUGGGAUGAUCUUCACUUCCUUAAUCUUUCUAUGUGGAACUUGGGAUGAACAACCCUAAAUAAUUAAUUGGCUUAAUAGAGUCAAAACCCUCUUAAGGGGCCAAGACAUAUUAGUAGGAUAAGAGUAAUUAUACAAAUCUUUGCCUCUACCACAAUCUUUCCUUCUUGAAAAAAAUGGCCCACAUAAGCUUUGCAACAACUUUUUUACAAGAAAUCAAAGUUUCUGAGAUUAAUGAUGAAUAAAAGUACAAAACGAGUGGUCAUGUAUUUGAAUUCCAAAUAAUAAUUUAGGUUGUCAUAAGAAAACUACUCUGUAGUUAGGUGUGGUUGUAAAAAAUAAUGUGCUAGAACACUAAACAGGCAAUAUAAUUAGGGUUUGUUCUGUUUGAAUGAACUGAACUUAAAUGAACUUAUUGGAGUGAACUAAACUGAAUAUUUAUGAGAGAAGGAAAUUAUGAACUUAAUUGAAACUAAAAAUGCACCGUGUACAUCUGAGGUUUGUAAAUAAAUGCACCAAAUACCCUAAUUCUCUAACAAAUGCACAUAUAUUGACUUAUUAAACUAAAAUCAUGCCACACUGACUUACUUUUUAGUAAUUUAUGUUUAUACAGUAAAACCGCCUAAAAGCAUAAAUUAUAUCAAAAUUUAAACUUCGUCGAUUAUUCUAAAUCCUAAACUUUUGGGUGUUAGAAUUUGCUUUAUUAGUUAAGUUUACUUUAUAAUUAGUAGGUUUAGCAUUAUAGUAGCACUAAAUUGUAAUAAUUUAAUAGAAUUUGAAGCUAAGCGGGUCUCAAUUUAACAAAAUUGACAUUUAUUGUAAGUCUAAGGGUAUUUUGUGCACGUUUUUACAUACCUCAAGGGUACACACUGAUUUAAUAUAUUUCAGGGAUACACGAUGCAUUUUUUUAAAACCACAAGGGUUCAUGGAACAAUUUCCCUAAAAAAAUGUCAAUAAUUCCCAAUUAUUAAACCAUUAAUAAUCCGGAAUGUUCCCAACAUUAUGCACUUAGCUUAAAAUCCAAAGUCAAAAAUAUCAUAAACUCAUAAUUCAAUUGAAAUGCUUCUCUAGUAAUUCCAAAAUACCCUGUUAAACUACUUAGUAACUAUUUGGCCUAGUUUCUACAAGGGUUUCUUUAUCUAAGAAUUAGAAAUUGGGCCAAACAAGGGUUUUUUAAAAAACAGAAACACUUUCUCAAGAAGCCCAAAACAGCUUCUAGAGUGGGCAAAAUGAGAAGCACCAAUUUUGAGCUUCUCUACAUCAGUUUCUCGGGGAGCUAUUUUCCCAUUUAAUGAAACUUUUUGUUGGACAAAAAUAUCCUUAACAUUUCACAAAAAGACCUCUUAUACCCCAUUAAGAAAAAGAAACCCCUCUUCUCUCUUCUCCUCUCUCAUAAACAUCAACUCUUUCUCUCUCCUGAAACACAAACCCCUGAAGGCCAAAAAUCAUCACCGACGACAUGCAAUCUGGUCCUCCGGCGCCACCAUUUCGUCCACCCAAGAGGACACAACCAAGCAAUAAUAAGGAGAAAGAUAUAAAUCUCAGUGGUUCUCCUCAUCCAAAUCAUCCCAAUAUGUCACAAACAAGAAGUUCUGCCAAUGAGGAUGCAAUGGAAGACCCCAAGAAAUAUUUCCCUCAUCCACCCGAAGGAAAAUGUUGUUGACGCGGGUUAUCCGAAUAUGAAAGGAUUUUUAGCUCCUUUCAAAGGUGAACGAUACCAUGUUCCUGAUUUUCGUCGUUCAACACAACCUCCAAAUGGUUUCUAUGAAGUCUUUAAUUAUUCACAUUCGUCGUUGAGAAACGUUAUAGAGAGAACAUUUGGUGUCUGGAAAAAAAGAUGGAGGAUAUUAUCAAUUAUGCCCAGCUUUCCGUUGGAAACUCAAAAGAAACUUGUUGCAGCUACUAUGGCUAUGCAUAACUAUAUAAGAAGACACGCGCUUGAAGAUUUGGAAUUUGAUAAAUGUGAUGCAGAUCCUUAUUAUAUACCUGAAGUUGAAGGGGAUGUGGAUAUUGGAGGCAACCCGGUAACUACUCUUGAAGAACAUGAUGGAUCAAUGGAUGAUUUUAGUAUGGAGUCUAUUCGCUACAAUAUUGCAACUUCUCUAAUGAGUCGUUGAUUGUAACAUUAUUGGAUCUUUUAUUAGGAAUAAUUAUAUUAGACAUUAUGUUUGUAAUUAUGAACGUAUGAAACUUUUGGAUAUGAAUUAUUAAUAUGAAAUUUAAAAAUCUAAGUAUUUAGACUUA